AUGGACCUCCAUCACCGGACAAAUCCAUCUAGUUUUGGCUUAUCGGCACGAGACCAAGCUUGCAGUACAUCCCUUGACACGUCUGCACCAUGCCCUCUUCAAAGGGAUCUACCGCCCCUAACCUCCAAUUAUUGGGGUCGAUUCCUCAGAUCACAACUAUUCAUCAAACCCAAACUCCUACCACAGAAUACCAGUCUCUCCGAAAAGGUCGCCAUCGUCACUGGAGCCAGCGCAGGACUCGGCCUUGAGAGCUCCCGCCAAUUGCUCUCCUUCAAACUGGGGCACUUGAUCAUUGCCGUCCGCUCCGCCGAGAAGGGCGAAAAGGUUGCAUCUCAGCUGAGGCAACAAUACCCUAAGACGACCAUCGAGGUAUGGCCGCUGGAAAUGAGUUCGUACGAAUCGAUCCAGACCUUCGUCUGCCGCGUCGACAGCCAGCUGUCACGCAUCGACAUUGCCAUCCUCAACGCGGCGGUAUCCAACUUCGGAUUCACCGCCGUCCCUAGCACAGGUCACGAAGAGAGCAUCCAGGUCAACUACCUGUCCACCAUGCCUCUGGCCACGCUCUUACUUCCAGUCCUCAAAAGCAAACAACCCUUCGGUCUCCCAGCCCACUUGAUGAUUACCACCACCGCGCUGGCACAGAUGCCCGGCAAUAAUUACUCGCUCUCCAAACUUUUGGGAAUGAUGUUCAUCUGGAAGCUCGAAGAAUAUGUCUCUGCCGACGACGUGAUAGUCAAUCUGGUCGAGCCGGGUUUCAUCAAGGGCACGGCCUUGCAUCGCAAUAUUCCAGGCCUUGUAGUGGCAUUGCUGAGGCUCCUUCAAGCUGCGACAGCAAGGCGGGUCGAGGACGGUGCCACAACGUAUCUAGAUGCUACCGUCGCCAAGGGGAAGGAGUCGCAUGGAUGUUAUCUAGCAGAUUGGGAGAUUCGACCAUACCCGGCUUUCUUAUACACGCCCGAGGGCAAAGAAGCCAUGGACAAACUGUGGAAGGAAACUAUCAGCGAGUUCAAUUUCGCUAACGUUCAGGGAAUUCUGGAUUCGCAAUGGAGAAGGAUUGAUUGUUAA